CACAGGGUGGAGGGAGUGGCCAGCAGCCCUGCCCAGAUUAAGCUGGAGGCGCGCGGGAGUCUGCGACUCUGGGGCCAGGUUUGCUGGCAGCUCCCGCGGUUGCACAUCUGCUGAUGGCCUUCAACUCACAGCCACCGUAUAGAUUUGACGCUGAACAGGCAGUGGAGAGGAACACGGUCGCGGGUGGAUUCCCUCCAGCCACAACUGUGAGGCGCGUGUCAAGUCUGUCUGCUAGUCUGCAGUUUUAUUUUCUGCCGGAUUGUUCGCUCAGAUUCUAACACAGGACACAGACGCCCAACUGUCCACAAGAGUCUUCUGAAAGGCAGGAGAAGACUGGAGGGGGAUUUUGGAUGCAGAGCUCACCGGUGAGGGUACCUGUGCGCAAGGUCUUCAUGAGGUCUUUUUUCAGAUGGACCAAGCCCUCAGUCACAGGCCCUUGGUCACUAAUUUUUAUUCUCUUUACCGUACGAUGUGAAUAUGGGAGUGGCAAGAAGUAUGGCGGCCCUUGUGGAGGAAGAAACUGCUCUGUCUGCCAGUGUUUUCCUGAAAAGGGAUCUCGGGGUCAACCAGGACCACUGGGGCCACAGGGACCAAUAGGGCCCCUGGGACCCCCGGGACCCAUUGGGAUUCCAGGAGAGAAAGGACUGAGAGGUGUCAGUGGCCUGCCUGGAGCAGCAGGAGAGAAAGGAGACAAGGGUCCAACUGGUGUCCCUGGAUUUCCAGGUUUGGAUGGCGUACCAGGUCACCCAGGACCUCCGGGACCCAGAGGCAAACCUGGCGUGGAUGGCUUCAGUGGCUCAAGAGGUGAUCCGGGAUUUCCAGGAGAAAGAGGAGCGCCUGGCCCAGUAGGGCCCCCUGGUCAGCCUGGGGAAAAUGGAGAAAAAGGAAGAUCGGUGUUCAUUUCCGGUGGCAUUAAAGGUAUUCAGGGAGACCGCGGGGACCCAGGACUGCCCGGCUUGCCAGGAUCAAGGGGUGCCCAAGGAUCAGCAGGGCCCAUGGGGUAUGCUGGUGCACCAGGGCCUGCAGGACCUGUAGGUCACCCUGGGAGCCCUGGGUUGAAGGGAAAUCGUGCUGUGGGAAUAAAGGGGCAAAGGGGAGACCCGGGUGAAGUUGGCCAGCAUGGUCCUCCUGGGCCCACGCUGUUUGUAGAGCCACCUGAUCUGAACCUCUAUAAAGGAGAAAAGGGUAUAAAAGGAAUUCCUGGAAUGAUUGGCCCUCCGGGACCUCCAGGACGCAAGGGAGAGCCUGGUAUCGGAACCAAAGGAGAGAAAGGUAUCCCUGGGUUCCCAGGACCCCGGGGCGAGCCUGGUUCCCAUGGAUCUCCAGGUUUUCCAGGAUUCAAGGGAGAACAAGGAGCGGCUGGAGAUCCUGGACUGUCUGGCUUUCCUGGUGCAAAGGGGGAUCCCGGAGAUCGCGGGGACCCAGGACCACCGGGUGCUUUGUUAACUCCCCCUCCUCCACUCAAAGGUCCUCCAGGGGACCCAGGGCCCCCUGGCCGCUAUGGAGAAAUUGGAGAUGUUGGGCUACCAGGUCCUCCUGGGCCCCCGGGAAGACCAGGAGAAACUUGUCCAGGCAUGGUGGGACCUCCUGGGCCACCAGGGAUUCCUGGUCCUCCAGGGUUUCCAGGGGAAGCUGGUGUUUCAAAAAGAUUUGACUGUGCUCCAGGAGAACCAGGAAAGCCAGGACUACCUGGCCUGCCUGGAGCGCCAGGACCACAGGGCACCCCUGGAGCAGAUGUUAUAUAUUGCAGCCCUGGGUGUCCUGGACCAAUGGGAGAAAAGGGAAAAAUGGGUCCCCCAGGAAGAAGAGGAGCCAAAGGAGAAAAAGGAAAUGAGGGACUCUGUACCUGUCCACCUGGUCCCAUGGGACCCCCUGGCCCUCCAGGACUUCCUGGGAGACAAGGAAGUAAAGGAGACUUAGGGCUUCCUGGCUGGCACGGGGAAAAGGGUGAUCCAGGCCAGCCUGGUGCCGAAGGACGUCCAGGGCCCCCAGGAUUGCCUGGUGCCUUGGGGUCCCCUGGCCACAAAGGGGCAAAGGGUGACAUGGUCACAUCAAGAAUAAAAGGACAGAAAGGAGGAAGAGGGCAUGAUGGGCCACCAGGAUUUCCAGGGGCACGUGGACAAGACGGUCAGGAUGGACGUGCCGGAGAAAGAGGGGAUCCGGGGCCCAGAGGUGACCAUAAAGAUGCGACCCCAGGUGAGAGAGGGCUUCCCGGACUGCCAGGUCCUCGAGGGGCAACAGGACCUGUGGGACCUCCAGGACUGGGAUUUCCAGGCCCACCAGGAGAGAGAGGCCAACCAGGAGAUCCGGGACGUCCAGGCAUGAGGGGUUUUGAUGGCAUGAAGGGGCAGAGAGGUGACACCAUUUCUUGUAAUGUAACCUACCCAGGGGAUCCAGGCCCUCCAGGUUUUGAUGGACCUCCAGGUCGGAAGGGGUUUCCAGGGCCCCCUGGAACUCCAGGUAUGAUAUGCCCAGACGGGCAGAAAGGCCAGCAAGGCAAACCAGGAAGCCCUGGAAUUCCAGGUCCACCUGGUUUACGUGGUGACAUGGGAGAUCCAGGCAUUGGAGGUGAAAAGGGGAGCUCCCCUAGUGGACCCCCAGGUCCACCUGGGUCUCCUGGAAUGGAUGGCCAGAGAGGAAUCCCAGGAGACCCUUCGUUUGGUGACCCAGGACCCCCUGGAGAUAGGGGUCUUCCAGGAGUGCCAGGCAUGAAAGGAAGCAAAGGUUACCCAGGAUGCCCAGGGUUCGAAGGGCCACCUGGCAAGCCCGGAUUUCCAGGUCUCAAAGGUCCCAAAGGCAGACAGGGAAGUCCUGGGUUUCCAGGGAUCCCAGGACCCCCUGGCCAUUCCUGUGAAAGAGGUGCUCCAGGGACCCCAGGACAACCAGGACUCCCUGGAGCUCCUGGUAGUCCAGGGGCCCCAGGUUGGAAAGGCCAGUCAGGAGACAUGGGGCCUUCUGGACCAGCUGGAAUGAAGGGCCUCCCAGGCCUCCCAGGCCUCCCAGGAGCAGAUGGUUUCCGAGGGCCUCCUGGGACUCCAGGCCCCACUGGAGACGAUGGCCCACCUGGCCUUCCAGGCCCAAAGGGACACCCAGGGCCACCUGGCUACCCUGGUUUUCCAGGAGAGAGAGGAAGGUCAGGCCCAGAUGGACAACCUGGAAGAAAGGGAGAAACUGGAGAGAAGGGCUGGCCUGGCUCCCAGGGAGACGUGGGAGAGAAAGGUGCCAAAGGAGACCGAGGACCUCCCGGUGAUGUAGGAGAAACAGUCAUCAUUUCCAAAAAGGGGGAGCCUGGGGAAACUGGGCAGCCAGGAGAUGACGGGUUCCCGGGACCACGAGGUGAUAAAGGAAGCCCAGGGAUGCAAGGGGAAAGAGGAGAUCCCGGAAGAGAUGGAGUACCUGGAUUGCACAGAGGACAGCCAGGGAUAAAUGGGCCCCCUGGGUCUCCCGGCCCCCCUGGCCCUCCAGGCUCACCUGGAUUAAGGGGAGUCAUUGGCUUUCCAGGAUUUCCAGGUGAACAGGGUGAUCCAGGUUCUCCAGGUCCCCCUGGAUUCUCAGGAGAUGAUGGAGCAAGAGGACCUAAAGGAAGCAAAGGUGACCCUGCCAGUCAGCGUGGUCCUUCUGGUCCGAAGGGUGAGCCUGGUAGUCCUGGAUACCAAGGACAUCCUGGGGACCCUGGAGAGAAAGGCUUUCCUGGAGGUGUUGGGCCAAGAGGACCACCAGGCAGACCUGGACAACCUGGCUCUUCUGGACCACCAGGAUAUCCAGGUGACCCAGGGAUGCCUGGGUUGAAGGGCCACCCAGGAGAAACGGGAGAGCCUGGGCCAAGAGGUUUCCCGGGAGAUUUAGGAAGGCCAGGUCCUCUGGGAGUAAAAGGGCCCCCCGGGUCUCCUGGUCUGAACGGCUUGCACGGUCUCAAGGGUGAGAAAGGAGCCAAAGGUACCUCAGGUCUGCAUGAAAUGGGUCCGCCUGGGCCCAUGGGAAUACCUGGGCGAAAGGGAGAGAAAGGUGACCCUGGGAGCCCAGGAAUUUCUCCCCCAGGCCUUUCUGGAGAAAAAGGCCUCCCAGGACCCCCAGGGAGACCAGGACCACCUGGUCGCAUAGGUGCUCCAGGAAGACCUGCUAAAGGUGACAUUCCUGAUCCAGGUCCACCUGGAGACUGGGGACCUCCCGGCCCUGAUGGCCCAAGAGGAGCACCUGGGCCUCCAGGCUCCCCCGGGAAUGCCAGCCUUCUGAAAGGGGAUCCAGGUGACCGUGGUUUGCCUGGACCACCUGGUUCUCGAGGCCCACCAGGCCCUCCAGGGUGUGAGGGCGCCCCGGGAUGUGAUGGCAAAGAUGGUCAGAAAGGACCAAUGGGAUUCCCAGGACCUCCAGGGCCACCUGGUUUUCCUGGGGCACCUGGAGAGAAGGGACUACCUGGUCCUCCAGGCAGAAAAGGGCCCAUCGGUCCUCCAGGCUGCAGAGGUGAACCGGGGCCUCCUGCCGACCUGGAUUCCUGUCCUCGGAUCCCAGGACUUCCCGGAGUGCCAGGCCCCAGAGGACCAGAGGGAGCUAUGGGACUCCCUGGAGAGAGAGGCCCCCCUGGACCAGGGUGCAAAGGAGAGCCUGGGCUGGAUGGCAGGAGGGGCCAGGAUGGCUUCCCUGGAUCUCCUGGGCCUCCAGGACACAAAGGCGACACUGGAGAGGCUGGCUGCCCCGGAGCACCAGGCCCUCCUGGUUCGAUUGGUGAUCCUGGGCCCAAGGGGUUUGGCCCUGGAUACCUCAGUGGCUUUCUUCUUGUUCUCCACAGUCAGACAGAUCAAGAACCCGCUUGCCCUAUGGGUAUGCCCCGGCUUUGGACCGGGUAUAGCCUGUUAUACAUGGAAGGACAGGAGAAGGCACACAAUCAAGAUCUAGGUUUGGCGGGGUCUUGUCUUCCCGUGUUUAGCACACUGCCCUUUGCCUACUGCAACAUUCACCAAGUGUGCCACUAUGCCCAGAGAAAUGACAGGUCCUACUGGUUGGCCAGUGCGGCUCCUCUUCCCAUGAUGCCACUCUCAGAGGAAGAGAUCCGCCCUUACAUCAGCCGCUGCGCUGUGUGUGAGGCCCCAGCCCAGGCAGUGGCGGUCCACAGUCAGGACCAAUCCAUUCCACCAUGUCCACGGGGGUGGAGGAGCCUCUGGAUCGGAUACUCAUUCCUGAUGCACACUGGAGCUGGAGACCAAGGAGGAGGGCAGGCCCUCAUGUCACCUGGAAGCUGUCUAGAGGACUUCAGAGCUGCACCAUUCCUGGAAUGCCAGGGCCGACAGGGAACCUGUCACUUUUUCGCCAAUAAAUACAGCUUCUGGCUGACCACGGUGAGCCCAGACCGGCAGUUUUCCUCUAGCCCGUCACCGGUCACCUUAAAAGAAGUUCAGGCCCAGCGCCAGAAAAUCAGCCGGUGCCAGGUCUGCCUGCGAAGUCAAAACAGCUAGAGGACUCAAAACAUGCAAACGGGCAUCAAGAGAGACUUCCGUGGAGGAAAAGAUGCCCCAACUACUGUAGCAAAUUCAGUGGUGCUCUCUCCUUCAGCCACGCCCUGUCGCAGCGUGGCUCCUCCAGGGGCCCUCCUUCUCCUCGCUACAGAUCAAGCGAACGCUGCACACGUGGAUUUGUUUGGCCCCCACCAAUCCAGAUGAAACCCACACAUUCCCCUUUUAUUGAGAUGAUGGAAGAACAGGUUUUAUUUGAACAUGUGUUAAUUCCCAGAAAAACAAGUGAAUGACAAAGACCAGAUUAUAUAUGACUGAAGACUUCAUUCAUUGGUUGAUAGCGUCUCAGACAACUGAAGUCAAUUACUCUGUAAUCCAUUGGGCUUCUGGCUAGAUUUUUAUAGGAACAGUAUAAAUAGGCCAACAAAUGAAGCUAUGUAGCAGAGAUUUUUCAAUGUUUCAAAAUGAUUUCCUCUCUAAUCUAUUAUAAUCUAUUCUUUUUAACCAUGCACUUUAAAUAAUUGUGGGACCAUGGCCCAAAGAGGUUUUUAAAAAAGGAGGAAGAAUAGAAAAACAGCCUCUCUGCACUGCCAACAUUAGCAGUUCAUUUCAAAGCAGAAUGAGUCAUUUUGCCAGGAAGGCCUGCAGUCCUGUAUUCCAGGGCCUCGACAUUAGCAUAAACACUUCACGGACGAAUAUAAAACAUUAUGUUCUCUCCUGCAUUUUACAGAGAAUAGAAAUGCCUACUUUGGCAACCCCUUUGAAAAGUAGGAAUUAUAGAAAAAAUAUAUUCAAUAAGGGAUUAGAAGCCUAAAAGCUAUUAAUGAAUAUUAAGGUAGUGAUUCACAAAAAUCGACUCCCCAUCCCAGGGAACCUGCAAACAGACUACUUUUCCCCAGUCGGGGGCCAGAGUGUCCUUCUGCUAAUGGCACUGAAGCCACAUGGGGCUUACUCAGGCAAUCCGGAGGCUGGUACAAAGCCUCUGGCUCUCCUCCCCAGGAGAACCCGCGAGGCUCCUCCUCCACACGCAUAAUGGCUACUGGCUCCUGAAGUGACAGGGCUAUCAUUAUGCACUUGGGAGAAAAUUAAGGGCUGGCUUAAUUAAACUUAGGUAAGAAGAUUCAUUUAUGUCAGGGUCACCCCACUAGGAAGGCAUGGGGCUCUCUUGAACAGAAACAAAGGCGAUAUAUCCAAUCUGAAUUUUGAGCUCCUGUGAUUAUUUUUUUUAAUGGGAGCAUCCGUUUUUGCCAAUUUUCAAACAUUCUUUAUAUUGUAUUAGCAUCAUGGCGAGACAGCUGUUUGACGCUGGACCUCAGCAGCUCCUGCAGGAUCCGUGUCAAUUCGCAGUGAUGUUUCUGCAUACCGAAGGGUCUGCUGGCUACUCAGUCAGGGACCACUACAAAUCACGAAUAGAAAGCCUUGCUAGAAAAGACUAUUUUCCCCCACCCUGAAACUCACCUUCCCCAGCUAGAGUAAAACUGGCAUUUUAAUAGAAGAAAGGAUUUUCCCCUGAGGGUGACACUCAUGCCCGAGCUCACUUUUCAGGGCACUUAAGAAUACUUGAAAGAAAAACUCAAUUAAAAUUUUGUUUCCGGGCCUGGAGAGAUGGCUCAGUAGUUAAGAGCACUUACCAUUGUCACGCAGGAUCUGAAUUCGGUUCCUAGCACCCGGGUCAGGUGUCUCGUGGUCACCAUAACUCCAGUGCCUCUCUAGCCUACAUGGGCAACUCCCGUACACAUGCAAAUACCCACCCACAGACACAUAUGCACACACAGAAUUGAAAACAAAGGUAAACAGGAAAACGUUUCUAAGACAUGUUUUCCUUGCCAUCCUUUGGUCAACGACGGGCUCCUUUAUACAGAAUACAUUUAGCGUUUUUGUUGUAGGCUUCCUGUGGGAGGGCAGCUUAAGAGAACUUUCUGGUCAAUAAUGUCUAUUUUAUUUUAUUGUUUCUAAAGCUAGUGCCUCAGUCUGGAGUCCAGCUUGGCCCCGGACUCACUACAAAACUCCAUGCUGGCUUCAAAAUCUUGGCAAUUUCCUGGAAACUCCAAAGUGCUAGGAGUUCAGCCUUUUUUCUUUUCUUUUUUUUCUCUGUUUGUUCUUUUUCUGUCUUUCUUUUUUUUUUUUUUUAAUAAAGAAACCUGGUUUUUUUGUUUUGUUAUUGAAGACAUGGUUGAUAUUGUUUCAUCCUCGUCUGGAAUUCACUACGUAACCAGGGCUGAAGAUCUCUAUUUUAACAUGAAACAUUUUCUUAAUAUAGCAGAAUGUUUCCUAUUGACCUAUUUGAUUUUGAGUUCAUGCUAUCCGUGCUGAAUAUUUUGAGUGUCUGAAAUUGAAGCCCACUUCUUUUUUAUUUGCAUUACUCUUGUGUUUCCAGAAUCUUUAUCUAUCACCCCAAACAAGGCCUCCUGAUAGUUCAUGAUGAACUUGGUCUGCGAACAGGUUUCAGGAAGAGAUGAGGGGAACAGGUGAAUCAUUAGAACACAAACCCUUCAACUUUGCGGUUAGGAUAUUAACACUUUUCUUAAAUAAGUUAGGACUGGCUGAAUCAGGAGGACAGUUUAGCUCCCUGAGAUAGAAACCAUGAAACAAUUCAAAGUAUAGAUUCCACAGCUCUUCUCUGAAUAUGGCAUGGAUCAGAAAUGUAUUUUGAAAUGGUCCAAAAGGGCAAAACAAUAGGAAAAACAUUCUUGGGACAGAAGAGCGUGUUAUGUUAAAGUUACUAUUUCUCUUUCCACCUGGCUAUAUAUCAAUGUUUUUGGAACAGCCUUGCUCAGCGGGGAACACGAACAAAGCUUUGUAGUCAUCCUAACCCAUUACUGUGAUGGUCUUAUCUAAACCUCUUUUUUAGAACCUCCGCCCUUGUCUGGCUGGAAUGUGCUUAGAUCCCUAAUGGGAAUUACUUGGAGGCCCCAUGCUAGAACAUGGACUGAGUGUUUCUUUCUGGGUCCUCAUUCUUGGUAAGUGGAACCUUUCCAUCAGGCAGGUGUCCAUGGUGCCUGUGGUCUGUUCCCCAGGCUGAAACAUCCCCAUUUCUGUGGGGGCUACUACCCCCUCCAUGCUUCUUACAUCACACACAGCUUUCCACCUAGCCUCUCACAGGAGAUAGCUCCAGUCUGGAAACCCGGCCAUCCUCUAAAUUCCACCCAAAUUAGAUUUUGUUAUCUUUUGGCUUAAAAUCCACAAUGACCACACUGCCUAUGAAGUCCAAAUGACUUCACAGGGGGUGAAAGUCCAGCGUGAACUGUGAGGCUUGUGUCUGCGAGCAUCUCUCGUGAGCCUGAGCUGCACACAGAUCUGCGAAGCACUCAGUUUCUUUGUGUCUCUGGUUCCUCUCUCCAGCAUCGAUGCUCUCCCUUGGGUCCAUUGGCUGGGUGGACACACGUUUAUCCUAGUACAGUAGACUAGUGUAGGUGUAUGAAUUUCCCAGAGACUUGGGGGGCUGUCUGCUCUCCAUCCCCCUCCUCUAAUAUAUUAGCACACCCCUUUCCUUCCCUGGUUAAUAACUGAAGCCCUUGUGGGACAGGGACCAUGCUGUGCUCGUCUUCGGAUGUCCACUGUUAGCAUAUGAAUGUGCCCAUUAUUGACUCAACUCUGUCAUCCAGUGACAAUUUUCUAGACCUUAUUAGACCUUUCAUGUUCAGCUCUGCAUAUAAGAUAUCAUUGGUAAAAGGGAGCCCAGCAUAAUAAGCCUUUCUUGCUUCAGAAUAUCAAAACAUUAAACAUUCCCACACACCCACAAGCUCUUACUACAAUUAUUAACACAACACCAGUCAACCAACACUGACCCUUUUUAAUUACUUUUCUAUGAGCUGAAGUCAGAAAUGAGGUUUGCUCAGAGAGUUGGCAGAAAGAAGAUCCUUCACUGAAAGAGCAUGACGGCUCAGGCUGCAAUCUGUAUUCUCUCAUGAUUUAAAGACUUCUUGGUACCAAGUUGCAUCUACGAAGUCCAUGUAUGUUUUGAGUGCUUAGAAAACAUCAGCAGAAUACACAGGAGACUUGGACUUCAUCGAAAUGUUCCUUUUGCACUUCCUGCAGGUUACCGCAAAACAGAUGGCUCUCCUUUGUGACCAAGGGUCCUGCCGGACCACUGGAAUAGUUUAACAGCUGUCUCUUUUACUUGGUAUAGCUGGCUGUAAGAAGCGUGGGCAAAGGAGGACCUGUGGUUGGACCUAGGUUUCAACCCAGAUGUGUCCCUUCCCAAUUCUGCUGCCAUGGGUGAUUUCUGCUCAAUUUCCCUCAUCUAUAAGUUAGGACAUUACACUCAUGUUGAAAAUUAAAGUUGGAUUAUUACCCACCUAGUGCAUAGCAGCCACCAUGCACCAAUUAUCAUCACAUCGUCUAUUUAAAAUAAGGUAUUCAAUAUGAAAACUAUUUCUUGUCUCCCUU